AUGCCAAAAUUCUGUGAUGAGAAGCAGUCUUAUGAUGACACUCUCUCCGAAUCAAAACUUCAGCUUGAACUAGAGAAGUCCAACUCCCUCCCUGUCCCCUCAGUUUCAAAGCGAAUUGUGCUGGGUGAUGCUGUCUGUAAUCUGGCAGGAACAGCUGAUCAUGCAAGUGGCAUUGCAGAGCUCAAGGGAGACAAAAAGGACUUGUUCAGCAAAACUCCUGAGCUUGGCAGUGAGGGUCCCAGUGAGCUCCGGCAUCGCAGCAGAGGGGAGUUGCCACCCGAACCUGCACAGCGAGCACCACGACAUGGGUUAGAUCAGUACAUCUCGAGAUUUGAUGAAGCAAUGAAGCUAAGGAACCAGUUGAUGAGUGAGAAGCCAAGUCAAGAGAAUGGGAAUGCAGGGGAGGAGUUUGAUUCUUUUCGGAUUUUUAGACUCGUGGGAUGCGCCCUUCUUGCCUUUGGAGUCCGAGCCUUCGUGUGCAAGUAUUUGUCAAUAUUUGCUCCAUUUCUUACUCUACAACUUGCCUACAUGGGAUUGUCCAAGUAUUUUCCAAAGUGCGAGAAGAAAGUGAAAACUACGGUAUUAACUGCUGCUCUUUUAUUGUCGGGGAUCCCUGCAGAAGUGAUUAGUCGCUCCAUGGACACCUAUAGCAAAAUGGGAGAUGUCUUCACAGAUCUUUGUGUCUACUUCUUUACUUUUAUUUUCUGCCAUGAACUGCUGGUGUUUUUUGGUUCUGAUGCACCGUGAGGGCUUGUAGACCUCAAAGUAGCAGUUACACACAUUUUUGCAUUCUGUAUUCCUGUAACAUCUGUGGAUAUGCAAACUGGUUUAGACCUUUAAUUUAAUUCUUGUCUGUUGGAAUGCUUGACGGGCAUCUUAAAGUCACUCAUUUGUGAAUGGAUAAACAGGGUUUCAGGGUGGGGGUGGUCUUAGUACAGUGUAUUCAGCUAUUGUUUCUGCACAUGGCAAAUGUGAAGAAUAGAGUGCAAGUGUCAGUGAUUGAUUUCCUUUACUUGUUUAACUAGAAGACAUCCUUCUUCCUCCACCCCUGACAUCACUUGAAUUGCUGUUCCCUUUUGGCUCUGCAGUGUGAGAGCACAAAUGUGCUUUCACGAAGCCCAUAUGUGUACACUUUGUGACUGGAUACAUGUAAGGACUGCUCUUCUGGUGUUGCUUCCAUGUUUAAAAGAAAUCCAUGACUAAUAUAAAAUGAAUCCUUACGUUCCAGUGUUCAGACUCUGAAUGCUGAAUAAAAAAGCCUGUGGCUUUUGCAGUGGGGUUGGGUGACACAUGCCUCUUCAUUGUCCCGUGGCUUGGAGCUCUCAUCCUCUCUCGGUGCCGUAAAUUAUUUGUUGUGCCGGUGACGGACUUCAAGUGAGGAUUCUAGAGUGAAAAAAAUCCUGUUGGCGUACAGAUGCCAUUAAUUGUGAAGCAAGAAGGCAUGUGUGCUGCUGGUCUCAAAUGUUUCCAUAAGCUCUCUAAUCCUAGCCCUAAUUUUACCCUGGCUUUCAUGUACACCCUACUUGCGCUCUUCUUCUUUAGACAGUUCAUUUUCUAUGGUGAAAGCUGCACUCGGGCACCCCAUUCUCGCAAGCAGUUACUUCAAUAGGCAUCAAGUAUAGCAGUUUUAUUCAACUUUCAGUUAACAAGGGGACUUUUUUUUCCUGGAUCUUUGCAAGGGUGUUUAAAACAAUUUUAACUGACAUCUAUAUUCUGUUUCUUUCCCUCUGUUUAUAGAAAAAUACAUUUGCAUGUAAACAGGGCCUUAAUUGCUUAGGAGUUCUGCUCCUGCUGCUUAAUAGCGCUGCUGCUCAAUAGCCUAAACAGAACCCUUGGUUAGCAUUCAGCAGAGCUAUUUAUAUGUUAACUGACUUGCUAAUUCCUCUCUUCUACAUUUUGGUUUGAAGUCCCUCCAAAUAAGCCACAAUAGGCAUACUUAUUCAAAUCCUAAGUACUGAAACAGGCAAGGGAACAAGACUUCUUAUCACCAUGUUAUUUUGAGUUGAUUUCCAUAUGAAGAUCAAUGUGCUGUGUGGAAGGAGGGGGUGGAAACUGACACCUUUUCUGGAGCAGAUGUAGAAGCAGCGAGGAGGGAUGGGGGCGCUCCCACAGCAGAUGCCUUCUGCUCUCUAGGGGAGAGAGGGUAGCAGUUGUUCUGCCCCCAGUCCAGCAGAAAUUUGGCCUUAGUGGGUGGUGUAAACUGGAACAGACUUUAAGGAGGGAUCUCCAUCAGCCAACCUUUCCCAUUACCCAUAUUUGGAUAUUUGCUGCUACUGUAUCUGAACCUGGUGUUACCCUUAACCUGUUGUCUUCUGUGUAUUAUUUAUUUGAAGCAUCCAGGUGAAGUAGACUGACACCAGAUUUUCAAUUGGGAGGGGAGGCCUGGUUAUGUUGCUAGUGGUUUUGCCUCCUAUUUAAUCUGGUUUUGUGUUUCUGAAGUAAACAAGACUCUGCUUUUCUGCUUAAUUGUUUUCCCCUUUUAAAAUAAUCUGAAAUAUGACGUUGUUGCACUCCUGAACCCACGAUCAGACCUCUGCUCUAUGUCUGAAGCAAGAAACUUGUGUUCUAAAUUAUGGAAGAUUGCUUUGUACCGCGGUUACUUUUUGUGUCAACAUCUAAGUGCAGAUGUUUAAGGAUAGACUGGGGGGGGAACGACAACCUGAUUUAGGUCCAUUGGCAGGGAUGCUUGGGACACAAUUUCAGCAGAUGCUGACAGCUGAGAUUCUAGCUACGGUUGAAAUGUGAAGAUUAUUCUCAGAAAUGAGACAUGACUUGACUUUCAGGAUUAUUUAUCCGAAUUAGCAAGUGUUGCAGGUAGCACUAGGGAGGGUGCAGAAAAAGCACUGGUUAUUCAUAUUAUAUCACCUUUUAAAGGGCCCCCCAUCUAUACUAAGCUUAAAAAAGCAUUUUGAUUUAUAUUUGUGUUUAUUUUUGCGUUGUGCCCUGCUCUUUUUGCUUUCCUUUAACUGUGAAAUGGCUGAGCCAGAUCCUUUCCCAAGUGGCCUGAAAUUACACUAGGCAGACAAGGGUCUUUGAGUGAAUAUAAAAGAUGCAUUCACCCAAGGGACCUUGUCUGCCGAUGUCCGGCGCCCAACACGACUACAGCCGACACCCCUGAAAUAUAACAUGGAGCUUUUGAGCGGAAAGGAUACGUUGUCGGGACAGGAGCAGGUAGCGCCAGGGGUUGCCCGCGUCCUCAGCUCUCAAGACUUGAACGAAGCCCUCGGACUUCACGCGCGAUCCAGAAACGGAUCUCCUUCGUCCCACCUUCGAUUUGCACCCCCGCCGCCCCUCCCCCUUUGCUCGCGCACAUAAAUGUAUCGGACGUUUAUUUCUACAGCGGUUGUUUUCUAUUAAAUUUAUUAAAACGGCAU